CCCAAAAGUUUACUGCGCAAACUGCCGCCGGAACUUUUCUCAACCCGCAAAUAAUUUAUUUCACUUGUACUGAUAAUGCGAAUUCACCAUCGCAUUUCAAGAUGGUGGCCGAGACUGAUACGCGCAACGCGCCAACCGCAAGUUCCGAAGGCAAUGGGCCCAAACUUACAUCUAGUCUAUCCGCGAACCCAGAGUUACAGGUCGAUUCAGACACUACAAAGUCAAACCGCCGCGAUGAUGGAAACAGACACGCCAACAGAAAGCUCAACUCUAACGGGCGCCGCCGAGGUCAGGACUCGAAGGGUAGAGGCAAUGGGCGCGGUGGGGAUAGCCCGUAGUCGUGGACCCAAGGAUAAGCGCGAGCGUAACGAGAAAGGUUGGCAAGAAAGAAAGCGUAGGAGAGUUGACGAGAAUGGAAAUUCCGCCGUGAAUAGCGACUCCAGCUAUAUGAACAUUCAGUUCCCGGAAGAAGAGAUCGCGGCCGAAGAACGCAGACCAAAGCGCAAAGUCUCCGUCAUGAUCGGAUAUGCUGGCACGGGAUACCACGGUCUACAAAUCAACCACAAGGAAAAGACGAUCGAGGGAGAUAUUUUCGCUGCGCUAGUUGCGGCCAAGGCCAUAUCAAAGGCUAAUGCCGAUGAUCCUAGGAAGUCUAGCUUUGUACGAUGUGCGAGAACUGAUAAAGGUGUCCAUGCUGCUGGCAAUAUGAUCUCUCUCAAGUUGAUCAUUGAGGACCCAGACGUUGUAAAGAAUAUCAACGACAACCUGCCGCCUCAGAUUCGAGUAUGGGGUAUUCAACGUACGAACAAUGCUUUCAGCUGCUACCAAUCUUGCGAUUCUAGGUGGUAUGAAUACUUAAUGCCGAGUUAUUGUUUAUUACCUCCUCAUCCUGAGAGCUUCCUUGGCAAAAAGGUUCUCGAGUCCAUCAAAGAGAAGGGUCUCGAGGAAGAAUAUGCGAAACGCCUAGGCGAAGUCAAAGACUACUGGGAAGAAGUGCAGAAGAACGAUAUCCAACCUAUUUUGGAUAGUUUAGACUCUAGUAUCCGGGAAACUGUCAUACGACGCAUGCACACUUCUGAAGAAACAUACAGCGCCAAGAAUUCAGGCGAGGUAGCAGGGCCCAAGUCUUCGAAGAAGCCUACAGACAACUCGCUUGAGACGAAGGGUGAAAUUACUGGAACCAAAUUGGAUGACAAGCCCACGGAUGCAUCCAAUUUAGUACAGGAUACUCCAGUAGAGAGCUCGACCGUAGCAGCAGAGUUAGCCUCAGAAUCGGCAGAUAUCUUGAUGACUGAGGCUGAAGACAUUGAUGAGUCAGAAACUACUAAACCUAAGGAGAUUCAUCCUGUAGAUCUCGCCCUGAAGCAGAUCAAAGCCGCAUACGUAGCCGCAAAGAGACGAUACCGCGUUACUCCCGAGCGGUUAUCCCAACUUCAAGAAGCGCUCGAUCGAUAUCUAGGCACGAGAAAUUUCCACAAUUACACCAUCCAGAAGAGCCACUCAGACCCCUCGGCAAAGCGCACCAUCAAGUCCUUCAUCGCAAACCCAGAACCCGUCCAGAUUAACGACACGCAAUGGCUAUCACUCAAGGUCCACGGGCAAUCUUUCAUGAUGCACCAGAUACGCAAGAUGGUCGGCAUGGCCGUCCUCGUCACACGCUGCGCCACACCCCUGUCCCGCAUCGACGAAAGCUACGGGACCGCCCGCAUUAGCAUCCCCAAGGCUCCUAGUCUGGGGCUGCUGCUAGAACGGCCCGUGUUCGAGAAUUAUAACAAGCGUGCCCGGGAACAGUACUACUUGGCGGAGCUCGACUUCGGCAAAUACGAAAAGGAGAUCCAGGAGUUUAAGGAUUCGCAGAUUUAUCGUCGCAUCUUUGAGCUGGAGGAGAAGGAGAAUUCGUUCCACACGUUCUUCCAUCAAAUCGACAAUUACAAAGAGGCUUACUUCCUUUGGCUCACUGCAGGAGGCAUAGAAGCGGCGGAGCAAAGGGUGGGGCAGAUGGAAUCGAUACCCAAGGAGCUCGAGGAGGAGUUGGGAGAUGAUGGGGAGGAGAAUCCUGAUGAGGGCGAAGGUUGAUCAUAUUGUAAAGCAUAAUGUCGCGCAUAUGCGACUUAAGCUAUUCGAGGGCUAGUUCAUUAGCUGGGAGUCACGGAUAAUUUGAUAGUAGACUCAUAAAUAAUGCCGGGAAGUGGAAUACCGCUAUUGCCUGGAGGAUAAGCUGUCAAUGUUUUCAUACUACACCCAGAUGGAUCUAUGUAGCCCACUGAGGUGAAGUAAAUUAACCUUUGUGGUAUCGAGCCUCAGGCGCUCAACAUCUUAGCUACA